AUGGGGCACGCUGGGUGCCAGUUCCAAGCCCUGCUAUGGAAGAACUGGCUUUGCAGACUCCGCCACCCAGUCCUCUCCCUGGCUGAGUUCUUCUGGCCAUGUAUCCUGUUCAUGAUUCUGAUAGUGCUUCGUUUUCAAGAACCUCCCAGACACAGAGAGAAUUGUUACUUGCAAGCCCGGGAUCUGCCCAGCCGGGGUGUUCUUCCUUUUGUUCAAGGACUUCUUUGUAACACUGGCUCAAGUUGUAGAAACAUCAGCUUUGAGAGUUCCAUGGAUCACCAUUUUCGUUUGUCUAGGUUCCAAACUGAUGACAGAAAAGUCAGUAGCUUGGCCUUUUUAAAUGAGAUUCAGGACCUGGCUGAGGAAAUUUUUGAGACCAUGAACAAGGCAAAGACCUUACAAAAACUCUGGCUGGAAAGAUCUGAAACCCCAGGUUCCUCUUAUGGCCCCAGCUUUCUAACAAUGGAUCUCAAUAAAACUGAAGAUGUGAUAUCAAAAUUGGAAAGCCUUCACCAGCAACCUCAUAUUUGGGAUUUUCUACGUUCACUGCCCAGACUGCACAUGUCCAGUGCUCACUUGGAAGAUAGCAUGGGUGCUGUGACACACUUUCUCCAGGCGGGUUUGAAUUCAUUAGCAUCUCUGGGAGAUUUGGAUUGGCUACCACUGCAUCAGACCAUCUCCCAAGUUUCUAGACAUGUUCUGAACGUGACCAUCUCCAACCUGAGGUUUCUGCAGCAGCACAGAGCAACUGUCAAUGACACCAUUUACCAUCUGUCCCUGAAAAAUAUGGUGUGGGAUCCUCAGAAAGUCCAGUCUGAUCUUAAAUCCCAAUUUGGUUUCAAUGACCUUCAAAUUCAACACAUCAUGAAUUAUUCAGCUAAGAUGCACGAGAUUCCUACACAUAGCUUCCUAGAGAGGAUGGUGUGCUCCAUCUUGUCCAACACUUCUGAGGAUGAAGCCGAGAGCAAGGGCUACCAGGCAGACUGUCAUCCCAAGUGGUCAGCAGUCAAGAACUACAUCAUCCAUGUAGUCAGUUGGCUGAAGCUCUAUGGACAGGUGUUUGACCAGUGGCAGCAGGGUGGGCUGCUGCAGAACCUGCUUGCAGGUGCCAGCCACAGUCUGGCAGCCCUUAGGGACCAGUUUAAACAGCAGAGUGAGUCGUGGAAGGUGGUGGAAGCCCUGCACACUGCCCUGCUCAUCUUGAAUGACAGCUUGGCAGUGGAUGGCCCCAGAGACAACCAUCUGUUUCCACAGAUAUUCCAGAAUCUGAGCAAGUUGCAGCAUGCAUUGUCAGAACUGUCCCCAUGGCCAGCUCUGAAGAGACUGCCCCUGCUAGAUACUGUUCUCAGGAACACAAUCGCCCAGGAUUUGCUGUUUGUUCAAGAAGUCCUCAGUUAUCUGGAGAGGUCAGCAAGGGAUUUUCUAACUGUUGGGUCUGAAGGAUGGAGACUAGAAAAGGAUGUUUUAUUUCGGGGGCUAAACCAGCUGUUGACGAAGAAUGCUUCUGCCUUUUGCCUGAAUGGACAUUUGUCUCAGGAGGAUCCCCUCCCUACUGGAAACUCCAGUAUUUGGAGUAGUGUCUGGGGAGUGCUAUGCCAUACCCUGUCCUUCAAUAAGACCAGUGUUUUAAAUGAGCUGCUUCUAGCAGUGAAGGAUGCUGGUCAUAGUUUGCAAGCUGUCAUUUCAGGACACACGAAUGGAUCAGAUUCAGAACAUGGUGGGCAUUUUGGCUGGCAGGAUCUUGGGGCACAGCUGUCAAAAGUAAGCUUUACCUGUUCUCAGGUCUUCCAGCUUUCAAGAGCUGAUGCCUUACCUGGGAAUAGUGUCUCUCCUGGUGGCUGUGAGAACCAGCUUGUCUCCACCGUGGUAUCUCACAUACUUGAAGAAGUACAAAUGUCCACGCAGAAAAUGUCCUACUGGAAAAUUGUCUCAGGGAUCAUCAGGAAGACAUGUGAAUUGGCUCGAUAUGUGAACAUGCAUGGAAGUUUCCAGAACAGUCUGAUAUCUUUCUCUGAGGACUCUCCUUGUUAUACACAAGACAUGGAUUGGAAAGUCGUCAUUGAUAAUUAUUUUGUAUUUUUCAAUAACUUUAAGAAGUCUCCAAUAACUGCCAUAACCAGGACCUUCAAUUUCACAAAGCACCUUUUAGUGGUGGACAAGAAGUUGCACGUCCUUGAAAAUGGACAGAUGGACACACUUUUGUCAUUUGUGGAGUUUGUGGAGAAAUUAUUAUCUAAUUCUUCUGGCUCAUUCACUGUUUCUGAAUUUCAUAAUUUUUCUUCUCUUGCUGAGCUUAUUCUGAAUAGAAGUGUUUCAUGGAUAAAUCAUUUAAAAAGUUUAAAGGCAGACUCAUAUGAUGCUACUGCUUGGAAACUUCUGGAAUUUGAUAAGCUGGUCACUGAAAAAAUUCAAAGACUUAAAAAUCAUUGGGUGAAGAAGGAAUCCAAAAAUGUUUUGAGUUUUUUAGAAUUAAUACUUCUUGAAAUUAAUUCAGAACUGCAAGAAUUCUGGCUCAAUGGCAUUUCACAAGAAGAAAGAGCUAAUAUUAAAAUCUUGUCCACACUUGUAAAUUUUUCUGUUGCAGACUAUGAAAAAAUUCUUUGUAAACGCUUUAAUUUCUCCCAAUUGUUCCAUUCUGAUUUGCCCAAAUCACCAGCCAUGAAUGCAGAGCUUAUACAUUUAAGUGAGACUAUAAUGCACAGUCUCUGUGAACUUAGCUUUCUGACACAGGAACAAGUCUCAAUAGCUCUGAACACUGUCUAUGCUUUGCAGAACACAUCUGAGCUUUUUACAGCCCUUUCUGAGCCACAAAAACAAGAACUGAAUAACCUUUUGACUCAUAUAUACAUAAAUGUCUUCAAGGACAAAGACAUAGCUCUAUUUCUGCAAACCUAUUCUUCAUUCUAUCAAUAUCUUCAUGAAUUCUUCAACAUUCAUAAUAGAGAGCCUCUGAUAACUUACCUUACUCAAAUCUCCAGAGACAUUUUGGACCUCAUUAAGCAGUUUAAUAUCCAAAACAUCAGAGAAGCACUUUUGUUUUUAUCAGAGACAACGGAGGCUCUCGGGAUGAUACCUGAAGUAUCUUAUUGUCAGCAGUUGCUUUCAAUUUUCAACUUUUUAGAACUUCAAGCCCAGUCCCUGAUGAUGAGAGGGGGACCAGCAGAAUCAGUGAUUCAUGCUAGUUUGACAGGCCUCAAGCAGCUGUUCUCAGCAGACGAAGGCUUUCGUGUUUCUUUACUUCAGUAUGUCACUCAGUUUUUUAAUGUUUCAGCGGAAACCCUGUUGGCGAGUGAAUGCUUCAUUCAGAAAAAUGUUAUCAUUUCUUCUGUGAAUUAUUCAGAAAAUGAGAGGUCUUCCCUUCCCUUUCCAUGGACACAUUUUUUUUCCAACCUGUCAGUAAAUGGCAGUGUGAUCAGUGAAUUCACAGCCAUCCACUGCACCCUUAUAUGGAUCCAGACAUGGACUGAGAUCUGGAGAAGCAUUUCUCAAAUAUUUAAACUUGACCUGAGUAUUUUUACUCCUCUUCAUGUUAGUGUCACUCAGCUUUUGGACGACCUGGGAAAUUAUGGGAACAUUUCUAGAGACUGCCAAGGAAUAGUUCCCACAUAUCAUACUGCUAGGCUCAUAUUAAAUUUGUUUAAAAAUGUAACUCAGGAGAAUGACUUUCAUGACUGGGAUGGCCUUCAGGACCUCAGGGAUCUUUGGGUAGCAUUUGGUAAUGAAUUAACUGCAGUACAAUCACUUAACCUGGACCAAGUAGAGAAAUCUCUCAUCACCAUGGAAACCUCCCUGCACCAGCUAAAGACAUUUCCAAUGAAAAUAAAUGCAAGCAGGGAGUUUUUGUAUUCCCUGUUUGAUGUUUUCAUUGAAUUAAGCAAUGCCUCAGACUAUGUGGAUAGAAAUAUGGAGUUGAUCAAUAACUUUCUUUCAAAUGAUCUCACAGAUCAUCGAGCCAAAUUUGCAAGUGUCAUCACUGAGCUUAGAGAGACAAUAUUAUUUCUUAGGAAUGUGUCACAGGGUAGAACUUUAUCAUCAUGUGCUGAUAUUUUCCAGAGAGCCAGUAAGUUGAUUUUCGAAGAUAGCUUAUUACCUGUGAACACUUCUAAUAAGCUAGCACAUAUUCUGACUAUGUUAAGUUCUGUAUUUUUGUCAAAGAAUACAAGUAGCAGCCUGGAAGGGUGCAUCACAUGGAUAGACACCAUAAACCAUCUGUGUAUAUUGUAUAACUCAAGUUCCUUACCCAUCCAUAGCCAUAACAUAUUGAGAAGCUUUAAGGAUAUGGGGAACAAAAUGAACUAUGCAUUGAAAAUUUUAACUUGGAUGCUAAAUGAGAAGAUACCAAUUUGUCCAUUGAAUGAGUCAAAUAUAAAUUGUGUAAAUAUUUACCUGAAAGACAUAACCGACUUUCUAAAUAUUAUAGUUACUAUAGGUUUGGAAAAAGAGAAUGUGCCCAAUGUUGAGAUUUUAUUAGCUCUUUUCAAUGAUUUCACAAAGCAGGUAGGCAUGAUCAUCACCAACUUAACAGAAGAUCUCAAUAUUGUCUCUCAGUCCAACUGGAAACACUUUAAGAAUUUACUUCUAAGACCCAUAGAAAUGUCAGAUGACAUUCCUGACCAGUUUCAAAAUAUUUGGCAGCACAUCAUAGCAUUGGGGAAGGAAAUGCAGAUGCUUUUAAGAGGCAUUUUCCAUAAUGUCCUUGGAAAUAACUCCUUUUCUAACGCUGAAACAAUGUUUAGUGUAUUCUCUACCAAUCCAAAGGAAGAAGAUAUAAGCCAUUUAGGCAAAUCAAUUUACAACUUAGCUAACUACUUUGCUCUCAACUUAACUUAUAAUCUUCAGAAUUCCUCAGAAAUAGUCUCACAUGAAAUAUUGAAAGCUGUGCAUCUUGGUAUCCAAUUGACACGGGAUGUGUUCAAUUCUUUAAUGCCUGCUGUCCAUUUCAAUAUUCCACAAAAUUCAGAUCAUGCUCAAGCUUUAAAGAAAGUGACAUCUUUCAUGCAUUCUAUCAAGAAGGCAGACAUAGAGCUCUUAGUAGGCCAGCUUGGAGAAAACAGUAAAAUCCUAAUGAAUUUCUUUAAGAAUCUCAGCAGAUCAAGUAUUGACAAUUUAGGGGUCAGUAUGCUCGUGGACUUAGUGGAAAAAUUUGUAGACAGCUCACAUUCAUGGAGUGUUAGCCACUUGCUGCGUCUUUCCCGUCUGCUUCCCAAGGAUGUGGUGGAUACUGUGUUGGAUGUAUAUUAUGCUCUUCCCCACAUUGUGGGACUCCUGCAGAGAAUCACAGAUAAAAACAUCACAGAAAGUCUCAGGGAUGUCUAUAACUUCACCCUUCUUCAUGGCAUAACCAUGUUCAAUAUCACGAAGGAAGACUUUGCUGAUGUGGUUAAAACUCUUCUGGAUACAGUUCAAUUGUUAUCAGAUGAGCCAGCUAUUGUUCCAGAGGCUUUGAUAUGCCUUAGUAGGGUUUGGUGCUCAAACUACGCAACUUUCAGGCUUGAGAAAAACCCUAAGGUAGAAGGCUGUAAUAUACAGAAGCACAUGCCUUCUUCCUUUUUUCACAUGGUGACCAGUCUGCUGGAUCUUCUUCACCUGCCACCCCCAAGCAACUCGCAGUGCACAGAUGAAAAGUCUAGAGUGGAAAUAACCAGGAAAGUUGUCUGUGCUGUUCAUGAACUAGCAGACUGGAAUUCCAUUUUUUCAGAGCUGUUGAAGAUUUUUCAUGUUAAAAGUUUACUUGUAAAAACUUUACAGGGAUUUUGGCAUAAGGUAUUGCCCUUCAUGUCAUCUUCUAUAAUUCAAGGUAAUGGCAGCAUCCCAGAACUUUGUCCUAGUAGUACCAUAAAGCAAGGUGCUUUGCAAAUCAUAGAAAGGCUAAAAUAUAUCAACUUUACAAAAUUCCCACUGGGUGAAAACAUUCUGGACAAGCUAGGUAACUUAGACAAGAUUCUUACCUUCACUAGAAACACAGAGAAAUCUGCCCAAAAUAAUGUUUACUCCAAUUUGGAAAGAAUAUUCAAAUUGAUUUCUCCUACUUGGACUUUAAGAAAUAGUACUCUAAUCACAAACUUUCUGAAUGGAAAUCAUACAGAUAGUAGUUCAUUUAAAAACGAUAAAGCAACUUACAACUUUGAAGAACUGUGGUUGGACUUUAAACAGAUUGCCAAAGAUCUAACCAGUAACUUGAGUCUAGGACAAUUACUUUUUGAUAUUAACAAAAUGAUCCAAGGCACAGGUCUUCAAAACAUGACUGUGCAAUUUCCUCAACUUCUGGAACUCCUAGAUUCAUCAACAUUGAAGAUGUCAGAAAUUAUUGAAGGUUUUCUAUUUCUCAUAAAAUACUGGCUUCAUGAGUAUGAAAAUGAAGAUUCCUUUAGGUUUAUGCAAAGACUACUCAAUGCUGUGGCCAGUGGGAAUUCAACUGAUUUAAGUAUAUUGGCCAAGGAUUUUACUAUGUAUUUGGGCUAUCUCAGAAACCGAUCUAGAGAAGGCAAUUUUGAUGUUGGCUUUCUUGGCCAGAUGCUAAAUCAAGAACAGCUCACUGACCUCUCAGCUGUUCAGUGGGUUCUUGAAAGCAUUUUGAUGAAUUCAGUUAGUAACUUUACUGAGUUAUCUCAGGAAGCAGCUCCCAGUUUCAGUGGCACCCACCUUCAAAUAACAGAUUUCAUGAAUCUCGUCUUGAACCACACACAGUCCAGAGAUGAUGGAGAAGCUGCAGGAAGCACAGAGAAUUUCCUGAAGCAGCUUCUGGAGACAUUCUUCUCUUCCUUGCUAAAUGGAUUGCCUGAAAAUAAAAUAUCCCUCCUGCUAAAAGACUUCCAUAGCGAUGUUACUGCAGAGAUGAGUUUUGUCCCCAGAGAUAAAAUUCUUGAAAUUCUGAAGCUGGAUUCAUUCCUUACCUGGGUGAACAAGAAGCCACUGAUGAACAUUUUCUCAAGUCUCAAGACAAUAUAUUAUCUGAUUAAGGACUCAUUUUCAUUAGACCACAGAGAAUUCUCUGAAGUCCUGAAAGGUUUAUCUCACACCCAUCCAAGGGAGCCCAUGGUGAAAACUGACACUGAAGGCCACUUGGACUUCUUUACAGUAGUGGCUCAGUUUCUCUCCCAGGUGAAUACUUCUGAGGACCUCUCUAAAUUCAACCAAAAUCUCCGGUUAGUUCUUCACCUUGUACAGGAAAGUUCUGCAGAAAUGGCUACUAUUAUGGACACUAUCUUACACUCAACUACUCAGGCCUGCUACUCCCCUUAUCCUGUGAUUCAUCAUACCAUGGUUGCUAAGUUAAGUGAAUUGUUUUCUGUUGCCAACAGUUCAUUCCCUCUAAGAAACAGAGAAAUACUAGAAUCAACAAUGAGGUUAUUUGGCACCAUUUCCCAAGUUGGUGAAAAAAGUCAUGUCAUGAAGUCAGCCUUAGAAAUAUCUAGAACUCUGACUAUGCUGGUGAAUAGCACUGCUGAACUAGGCCACCUUGCCUCAUCAGUGGACUCCAUGGUGAGACUUCUCAACCUAGCCAAAAAUGUCUCAAGAAAGGUGGCUAUGAUGCUGGGAACUCUCUCUAUCUCUAGUACAGAGGACUCUGGAAAAGUCUUUGACACCUUGUAUUCUAUCAUGCUACAAAGUGUUCAACAUCAUGUGAAGCAAAUAACUACUUUGAAAAAAGUAGAUCCUUUCAUAUUUGAAAAGACAAAGGAUUUGUUGAUACCAUUUCUUGACUUGGCCUUUGGAAUGAUUGGAAUCACACCUAAUGUAUCACAGGACUCUGAUGUUUUCAGCAUGUCAUCUAGCAUACUUUCAUAUGUCAAUCAAUCCAGAGACUUUUCUGAGAUUUUGGAAGAAAUAGCUAAAAACUUAAUUUCUAUAAAAAUCAGCUUGAGAGAUUGGGAGCAUCUUGUGGCAAUGACUAAAAAUGGGACUCAGAAUUUCUCUAUUGAUGCUGCUGACUUAUGGGAAGAAAUUCUAGAUUGUUUCAUGCCUAUAAGUAACAUCACUACCCAAAUGGAGUUCUUGAAGCUUUGUGAGCUCUCUUCUACCAGCUGCCUUCAGACACCAAAACAGGAGAGAAGUCAUGAUGUGCUUCAUUUUUUGGAUGGCAUGUUAACAGAUAACAGCACAGAAAGAGAGACUUUCUUGAAAAUGGUGAUUGAUCUCACCUUACAAGCUCUUUGGAAUGGCUUAAAGGAAGAUAACUGGGAUAUUUUUAAUCUCCUGUUGAUAUUUGCCCAGCAUCCAAAUGACCUUUUAAAAACCAUAGAAUCCAUUGUAGAGGACUCUAGUAGAAUUCACAGUGACUAUCAAGAUGAUUUCCACCAGGAUUCAUUUUCUGAUUUGUCACUGAUUCAGAACACCACUCGCUCUCAGCUUGCAAAGGCAGUCCUGAUUGGUCUCAGCAGGGCAGGCUUCUCAAGGGAAGGGCUGCCCCUAAACAACACUCAGUGGACACAUUUCACACACACUUUGUUUCAUCCAGAUUACAACAGUUUCCCUAACUCAGCCCCUCAUCAGAAUGUCACAUCGACAGAGAAUGGGAGGACCAAGGAAGAAAUGAUGGCAAUUCCUCAGGGCAUGGAACCAAUGUCAUACCUCCAGAAAUUCCUGAAGGCAUUAUUUGUAUCCAUUGAACACUGGCAGAAAGUCCCAGAAGCUGAGCAAAGUGUUUUUGAGAUGUGUCAAGUUUUCCGGCAGCUGCAGAAGCCUGUGGAAACUGUGGAGAUGCUGCACAGAGUGGAGAUGAUGGCUCUGCGGGUGCUCAUCAUCUUUGCAGAAAACCCUUCUUUGACAAAGGACAUUCUGUGUGCUUCCCUGAGUUGCAAGCAAGGUGGGAUGAGGCACCUUAUCUUAUCUGCUUUGCAAGGAGUCACUUUGGUCCAUCACCACUACCAGGAAAUUGGAAAGAUAUGGUCCUCGCCUGACCAGCUGGACUGUGAACGUCUUAGCAGGAAUUUUUCCAGCGCCUUGGAAGGCUUUAAAAGCAUCUUGGAAAAUGCUUCCAGCCAGGGCUGCGCAUGCCAGCCUUUAGUGGGAACAGUUCAGCAGCACAUGCACAGGUUGACCAAAAGUCUCGAGGAAACUUGGAUGUCAAAAAUUCCUGUUGUGACAUUUCUUAGCAAUUUCACAGUCACAGAGGAUGUAAAAAUAAAGGAUUUGAUAAAGAACAUCACCAAAUUAACGGAAGACCUUCGCUCCUUCUUCCACAUCUCCGAGGAAACCAUCCAUAGCAUCUUAGAAGCCAACAUUUCCCAUUCAAAGGUUCUCUCCAGUGUCCUCACCAUAGCUUUGUCUGGAAAAUGCGACGAAGAAAUUCUUCAUCUCUUGCUGACAUUUCCCGAGAGUGAAAAAUCCUGGUUUGCCACAAGGGAACUCUGCAGCCUGCCUGGAUCUCAAGUCUUCUCUCUGCUUGUGAUGAUGGGCCAGAACCUAAACCUGAGGAACUUCAUUUACAAAACUCUGAUACCCUCUGAAGCAAAUGGCUUACUGAAGUCUCUGUUGGAUGUCAUUGCUAGCCUCAGCUCCAUCCUUGCCAGAGCCCAGCAUGCCCUUGAAUACCUCCCCGAGUUUCUUCACACAUUUAAAAUCACUGCCUUGCUGGACAUGCCAGACUUCCAACAGGUUUCAUCGAAUGGCCAAGCCAGAAGUUCACCUUCCACCUCUUUCCAGUCUGUGAUGAAGCUUCUGUGUAAGGACCAGGAGUCUUUCCUCAGCAAUUCUAACAUGUUCGUUAAUUUACCCAGAGUUAAUGAACUCUUGGAAGAUGACAAAGAGAAGUUCAACAUUCCUCAUGACUCAACACCAUUUUGUUUGAAGCUUUAUCAGGAAAUUCUACAGUCUCCAAAUGGUGCAGUGGUAUGGUCUUUCCUAAAACCUGUAUUACAUGGGAAAAUAUUGUAUACACCAAACUCUCCAGAGAUUAAUGAGGUCAUUCAAAAGGCUAAUUAUACAUUUUACUUUGUGGAUAAGAUAAACAUUUUAUUGAAAACAUUUCUGAAGAUAUCCAGCCUUUUCCAGGGAAGUGGAAAAGGCCAAAUGUUCAACCAGUUGCAGGAUGCCCUGAGAAACAAAUUUAUAAGAAACUUUGUAGAGAGCCAGUUGCAUAUUGACAUGGACAAGCUAACUGAAGAUCUGCAGAUGUAUGGACAGAUGCUGGACAAGAUGUUUAACCAUGUGGAGGCUGCACACUUUCAGUUCUUGGGUGGUAUCUUGGCCAAUCUCUCUUCCUGUGUGGUGUUGGACCGGUUCCAAGCAGUGGAGACUGUUGAUGCCCUGGAGACCAAGGCACACGAACUCAUGCAGCAGAAUAGUUUCUUGGCCAGUAUUAUAUUCAACAGUUCUUUGGGACACAGACACAUUAGAUCAGCACGUCACAAAUUGCCACCCCAUGUCACAUAUACAAUCCGGACCAAUGUCUUAUACAGCAUGAGGACAGACAUGAUAAAAAAUCCUUUCUGGAAGUUUCAUCCUCAGAAUCUACCAGCCAAUGGGUUCAGAUAUAACUACAUUUUUGUCCCACUGCAAGACAUGAUCGAGAGAGCCAUCAUUGUGGUCCAGACUGGGCAGGAAUCCCUGGAGCCAACUACACAGGCACAGGCAGCUCCCUACCCAUGCCACACCAGUGACUUGUUCCUGAACAAUGUCGGCUUCUUUUUUCCACUGAUUAUGAUGUUGACUUGGAUGGUGUCUGUGGCCAGCAUGGUCCGGAAGCUGGUUUAUGAGCGAGAGAUCCAUAUUGAAGAGUACAUGCAGAUGAUGGGGCUGCAUCCAGCCAUUCACUUCCUGUCCUGGUUCCUGGAGAACAUGGCCGUUCUAACUCUGAGCAGUGCUGCUUUUGCUGUCAUUCUGAAGAUGAGUGGCAUCUUCACACACAGUGAUGCCUUCAUCAUUUUCCUUUACUUGCUGGAUUUUGGAGUGUCAGCUGUCAUGCUGAGCUACUUUCUAAGUGUGUUUUUCAAGCAAGCUAAUACAGCAGCCCUGUGUACCACUCUGGGGUACAUGAUUAGCUUCCUGCCCUACGUGGUCUUGUUGGUCCUACAUAACCAACUCAGUUUCGCUCUUCAGACUCUGCUGUGCUUGCUUUCAACUACUGCCUUUGGACAAGGAGUCUUUUUCAUCACAUUUCUGGAAGGACAGGAGGAAGGGAUCCAGUGGGGUAACAUGUACCAAGCUCCAGAGCCAGGGGGCAUGACAUUUGGCUGGGUCUGCUGGAUGAUUCUGUUUGAUUCGAUCAUUUAUUUUUUGGGUGGAUGGUAUUUCAGCAACUUGGUCCCUGGAACUUUUGGUUUAGGGAAACCAUGGUAUUUCCCCUUCACUGCAUCAUAUUGGAAAAGCAUAUGUGGUCUGAUGGAGAGGAGGCAGUGCUCUCUGAGUUCUGGUUUGUUUUUCUUCAAUGAGGACUUUGGCAACAAAGGGCUCUCACAGCAAAAUGGCCCAGGGGAGAUGGAAGGGGGUAGCCCAGGAGUGGCUCUGAUAUCUGUGACCAAGGAGUAUGAAGAUCACAAAGUGGCUGUCCAGGAACUCACUCUCACCUUCCACAGAGACCAGAUCACAGCUUUGCUGGGGACCAACGGUGCAGGGAAAACCACCAUCAUAUCCAUGUUGAUGGGGCUCUUUCCUCCCACGUCUGGAACCAUCAUCAUAAAUGGCAAGAACCUGCAGACAGACUUGUCUAAGAUCAGAGAGGAGCUGGGGGUGUGUCCACAACAGGAUGUUCUCCUAGACAAUCUCACUGUGCGUGAACACCUAAUGCUCUUUGCCUCCAUAAAAGCACCUUGGUGGACCAAGAAGGAGCUACAGCAGCAAGUCAACAAAACUCUUGAUGAAGUAGAGCUAACUCAGCAUCAACACAAGCCAGCUCGAGCUCUCUCUGGAGGCAUGAAGAGGAAGCUCUCCAUUGGCAUUGCUUUCAUGGGCAUGUCAAAGACAGUGGUCCUGGAUGAGCCAAGCAGUGGGGUGGACCCUUGUUCCCGUCGCAGCCUCUGGGACAUUCUACUCAAGUACCGAGAAGGUCGCACAAUUAUCUUCACAACCCAUCACUUGGAUGAAGCUGAGAUGCUCAGUGACCAUGUGGCUGUUCUCCAGCAGGGGAGGCUCAGAUGCUGUGCUCCUCCUGCAGGCCUGAAGGAGACCUAUGGCCAAGGACUCACCCUGACACUCAGCAAGCAACCCUCUGUCCUAGAAAGCCAGGAGCCCAAGGAUGUGGCUCGUGUUACAUCCCUGAUACAGGUCUAUAUUCCACAAGCAUUCCUCAAAGGUAGCAAUGGAGGUGAGCUGACCUAUACCAUUCCCAAGGAUGCAGACAAGUCUUGCUUUAAGGGUCUCUGCCGGGCUCUGGAUCAGAACUUACAGCAUCUGCACCUGACAGGGUUUGGGAUCUCAGACACCACCUUGGAAGAGGUGUUUUUGAUGCUUCUGCAAGAUACCAACAAAAUGUCUAAUAUCACUCCAGACAACAAAGUAGAGCCUCAGAAUGAGAGACCUGUAGGACCCUCUCCUCGCCACUGUGGCCCUCCUGUGAGAACUCCACCAGUAUGGGCCUUAUCUGAGCCCAUGGGUAGCUGCCAGCUACUUCUGGAACAAGCAGUGGCACUCCUGAGGAAGCGGCUACUGCAUUCACUUCGAGCCUGGAAAAGCACCACUUCAGAUCUGUUACUGCCUGUGUUCUUUGUGGCUUUGGCCAUGGGCCUGUUCAUGGUGCAGCCUCUGGCCAUCACGUACCCUCCACUCAAACUUACACCUGGCCAUUAUGAGAGUGCAGAGACUUACUUCUUCAGCAGUGGGAACCAUGACAUGGACCUUACCCAAGUGCUUCUGCGCAAGUUCGGAGAUCAGGACUCUGUUUGUUCUGAUGCUCACUGGAUGAAUUCUUCAAGCUGGCAUAGAGACCGUUAUUCUGGCCCAGAAUUCCAGGACUCAUGUGGCUGCCUGAAGUGUCCAAAUAAAAGUGCCGGUGCUCCCUCUCUGACCAACUGCCUGGGACACACACUGCUCAACCUCUCAGGCUAUGAUGUGGAAGAGUACUUGCUGGUGUCAUCUGCAAAACCAAGGCUUGGAGGUUGGUCUUUUGGAGUACAAAUACCCAAUAAAGCUGAAGAUGUGAAGGCAAACACAUCAAAACCAAGGACUAUGGCGAAGGUGUGGUACAACCAGAAGGGUUUCCAUUCUCUUCCCUCCUACCUAAAUCAUCUCAACAACCUGAUCUUAUGGCAGAACUUACCUGCCGACACUGCAGACUGGAGACAAUAUGGAAUAACCCUGUACAGCCACCCAUAUGGAGGAGCCUUGCUGAAUGAAGACAGGAUCCUGGAGAGCAUCCGCCAGUGUGGUGUUGCCCUCUGCAUUGUCCUGGGAUUCUCCAUCUUGUCAGCAUCGAUUUGUAGCUCGGUGGUGAGGGACAGAGUGACUGGAGCUAAAAGAUUGCAACAUAUAUGUGGCCUUGGACACAGGACAUAUUGGCUAAUUAACUUCCUGUAUGACAUGCUCUUUUACUUGGUUUCCGUCUGCCUGUGUGUUGCCAUUAUAGGCGCCUUCCAGUUAACAGCUUUCACAUUUCGGGAGAACUUGGCGGCCACAGCCCUCCUGCUAGCACUUUUCGGAUAUGCAAUGAUUCCAUGGAUGUAUCUGAUAUCCAGAAUCUUUUCCAGUUCAGAUGUGGCCUUCAUCUCCUACAUCUCCUUGAACUUCAUCUUUGGCUUGUGCACCAUGUUGAUGACCACCAUGCCCCGGCUCUUGGCCAUCAUUUCCAGAGCUCAGAAUUUGCAGAAAAUCUACGAUGUCCUCAAGUGGGUUUUUACUAUUUUUCCUCAAUUCUGCCUGGGUCAAGGGCUCAUAGAACUCUGUUACAACCAGAUCAAGUAUGACCUGACUCACAACUUUGGCAUUGAUUCUUAUGUGAGUCCCUUUGAGAUGAAUUUCUUGGGUUGGAUCUUCGUGGAGUUGACCUUGCAGGGCACAAUUCUUCUCUUCUUGAGGAUUCUGUUACAUGGAGACCUUCUAAGGUGGUCAAGGGGCCACUCUACCCUGCAGGACACAGUCAAGCCUGCUAAGGACAUAGAUGUUGAAAAUGAACAGAUGAGAGUGCUUGAAGGAAGAACUGAAGGAGAUGUGUUGGUGUUGUACAACCUCAGUAAAAGUUACAGAAGUGUUUUCAGGAGGAAGACCACGGCUGUGCAUGGCAUUAGUGUGGGCAUACCGCGAGGCGAGUGUUUUGGGCUCCUUGGGGUGAAUGGCGCUGGGAAGAGCACAUCAUUCAAAAUUCUGAAUGGUGAGACUGCACCAAGUUCAGGAUACACCAUCAUCAGGACUCCUCAGGGAGAUAUGGUGGAUCUGGCUUCUGCUGGCAAAGUGGGCAUUCUUAUUGGCUACUGUCCACAGCAGGAUGCCUUGGAUGAGCUCUUGACUGGCUGGGAACAUCUUCAAUACUACUGCAGACUCCGUGGGAUUCCAAAGCAAUACAUUCCAGAGGUUGCUGCAGACCUGGUGAAGCGCCUGCACCUUGAAUCUCAUGUGGACAAGCCUGUGGCCACUUACAGUGGAGGCACCAGACGGAAGCUCUCCACAGCCCUCGCCCUGGUGGGAAAGCCUGAUAUUCUUUUAUUGGAUGAACCCAGCUCUGGGAUGGACCCUUGUUCUAAACGGUACCUCUGGCAAACAAUAACAGAAGAGGUUCAAGAUGGCUGUGCCGCCGUGCUAACCUCUCACAGCAUGGAAGAGUGUGAGGCUCUGUGUAACCGGUUGGCCAUAAUGGUGGAUGGCAGCUUCAGGUGUCUCGGGCCCCCUCAGCACAUCAAGAACAGGUUUGGUGAUGGUUACACAGUCAAAGUUUGGCUCCACAAGGAAGGAAGUCAGCCUAGUGCAGUUUCUGACUACUUGAAGCUCCAUUUCCCAGGAAUCCAGUUUAAGGGACUGCGCCUUAAUUUAUUAGAAUAUCACAUACAAAAGAAUUGGGAGUGUCUAGCUGAUCUGUUCCAAGUUCUAGAAAACAGCAAGGGUCUCCUGAAUAUCGAGCAUUACUCCAUCAGUCAAACCACUCUGGAACAGGUCUUUGUUAAUUUUGCCACUGAGCAGUUCCAAACUCCACACUUUCCUGUUGAUCCGUCGUCCACUGAUGCCUUGCAUCUGAGCCACUCACACAUCUAG